UUCAAGCCCAGCUUGGGCAGCUUAAUCACUCAGUGAGGCUGUGUCUCAAAAUUUAAAAAAGGCUGGGGAUGUAGGUUGGUACAAAGGCCCUUGGUUGUGUUUUCAGUACCAAAACAAAUAACAACAAAAAAAUCCAACACCUGUGGAUUUAAUUUGCCACAUUCAAAGACCUUGUAGCAAGAGGUUAUGUUCCCUGUUUUGAUGAUAUUCACAGAGACAGGUAAGUGACAGGGCAUCAGAUGUAAUCAGAUAGUCAGGUCCUGCAGUCAUACAGGACCACUGCCCUAACAUGUUCUGAUAGAUCGUACAGCUCAGUAGCUUUGAGAAAAGGAACUAUGACUGUGCUGGGUCAGCAGCCAUUAUGAGAAGGAAUAAAGGGAUGAUUGAGUGGAUUCUUUUCCAUGUUCCAUUCCUAGAAAUAUUAUACACUUCUAGUUUUAAACAAAGUGUUGGGCUUGUAGUCUAGAAAUAUUUAUAUCUCUUUUGAAAUAGGUAGAAUGCAGGGCCGGGGAGAUAACUCAGUGGCACAGCGCCUGCCUGGCAAGCACAAGGUCCUGAGUUCGAUUCCCAACAAAAGUCUCUUCUGAAAUAGGUAGAAUACCACGGGGGUCACUCUCUUGGAGAAUACCUUACUUCUCUUUUAGUAAAUGUGAAUUUUACAAAUUCUGCUCAUUUCUCCUGCAGUCGAUUACUGUUAAAUGACCAUUUCGCUUCUCCUUUCUUGGGUAAUUAAAUUUAUACUUACGCCUAGAUUGGACAUUGUUGAGGUCUGUUUGAGCAGUUUUAUGCGAAAAAAAAGACACUAGCUUUGGGGGAACUCAUCCUGUGUCUAGAUUGACAUCCAGGGACUUCAGGGAUUUCAGUUUCUCCAGGAAAAUGCCUACCCUUUCCAACCAAAUGCUAACUUCUAAACUAAUUCCAAGGGUUUUGUUUGUUUUUUUUAAAGAUGUAAACUCAGAAUAGAAAUACUGCCUUGAAAAAAGUCCAGGGAGCAGUAGGUUUCAUUUCUCCCCAGCUUGCCAGGCUUUUGGUGACUUGGGAGUGUUGACAGAGUCUUGAGCACUCUUGGCAGAAAAUAAGGAUCAAAGAGAGAUCCUUGGGCAGUGGUCCAAGUCCUUAGUUGCCUCAUUAGGGAGAAGUCAGCCUUGUCUUUCUGGUUGGCAGGGCACAUUUAAUCACUGAGACGUAUCAUUUCAGCAGUUUGCAAAGGAAAGUGAUAUGAAGGGACAGGUGCAAGUAAGCCACAACCUAGAUCUGAAGAGAUCAAACACUCACUUCACUUGGAGGGAAGAGAGAAAGAAGGAAGCCUAGGGCUUAGCAGGUCCCCAGGUAUCAUUGGACAGGCCAUGGCUCCACGUUUACGGCAACGAAGGCAGAAGAAACCUCCAUCAGUGACUCCCCUGGUUGUAACUCCACCUACAGUUGUGACUCCUAUGCCUCUGGCCCUCCCAAAACCUGGCCCUAGCAUUGAUGCACUUGGCUUCUUCUCCUUGGAUAAUAAUGUUCCUGGCCUAUCCAAGCUGAUUCUUCAAAAACUGAACAUGAAAAGCUAUGAAGAAUACAAGAUGGCGGUAGAUGGGGGUACCCCUGUGUCAGGCUUUGGAUUUCGAUGUCCUCAAGAAAUGUUCCAGAGAUUGGAGGACACAUUCCGAUUCUGUGCUCACUGUAGAGCAUUACCUAGUGGCCUUUCAGACUCCAAGGUCCUCCGGCACUGUAAGAGGUGCAGAAAUGUAUAUUACUGUGGUCCAGAGUGCCAGAGGUCAGACUGGCCGGCACACAAGAGGGUUUGUCGAGAGCUUUGUCAUGUGGCUGUGGAUCGUCUCAUGGAAUGGCUACUGGUCACAGGUGAUUUUGUCCUACCCUCAGGACCUUGGCCAUGGCCAGCUGAAGUUGUACAGGACUGGGAUACCUGGUUUUCUAUGAGAGGGUUACAGGUAGAGGCUACACUGGAUGCUGUGCUAGGUAGCCAUGCCAUGACCAUCCUCUGGACCAGUGUAGGAAGGCCAAGACCAGACCCAGAUGUUCUGCGGGGGUCUUUGAAGCGGCUGCUGACAGAUACCUUGUCACGGCCCUUGACGCUGGGCCUAGGCCUUAGGGCCCUGGGGAUAAACACCAGAAAGACUGGAGGAAGCACAGUGCAUGUGGUUGGUGCUUCUCAUGUGGAGACGUUUCUCACUCAUUCUGAGGACUAUAAUGAGCUUGGCAACAUGUUUCCUGGACAUCUUGGCCUCCAUGUGAUCAUGGUGGGUGUAGAUGUGGCUACUAGCUUUUUACAGAGCACUGCAAUAUCAACUCCAGAACCUGGCACUGUUCACCUUAGUGGCCACAGGGGCCUCUAUCAUGACUUCUGGGAAGAACAGGUAGAGACUGGGCAGAUAGCUCGUCCAGAUUUGGUAGUGGCUUUCCAUCCAGGUUUCCAUGCCUCCCUGACCUUGAUGGAAGCUUGGCUCCCUACCUUGUUGCUGCUUCGUGACUAUAAGAUCCCUACAUUGCUUACCAUUUACAGCCAUAAGGAAUUGGCAGCCUCUUUGCAGAUUCUUGUGGACCUGGAUACACAUAUCAUUGCCUACGGAGCUAACCCUUUCGCAUCCCUCAAGCCUGAACAGGUCUAUUCCAACCCGAACAAGCAGCCAGUAUACUGCAGUGCCUACUACAUCAUGUUUCAUGGGAGCUCCUGCCAACUAGAUGAGAAGCAGUUAGAAGAGAAAGUAGAUGGUGGGGUGUAAACGACUGAGCCAGAUCCCAAGUAGAUUCCUAGAAAAUGGGAAGCUAUGAUAAAAUUAUACUGUACAUGCCAGGUUGUUGCCAUUGCUGAAACAUACUUCAUUCUAAAUCUCAUUCACUGUCCAGCUAAGGAGUCUAAGCUGAAUGAGAACACCAGUAUGAUGUAACUUUUUUCUGAGUUCACAAGUAGCUUCUAAAGAUAGGGGUCUAGAGUUAGGAAAUGGUAAAAAGCUGUGGUGUGGGUCUUUCUGGAGUCUGGAGUUCCUAAUAGUUUACUUUGUGAGUUGUAGUUUUUUACUAGAAUUGGAUGGCACUGAAGAGAAGAAUGAGAACCAUCAUAUUGUUCUGAACAUGAUUCUUAUCCUGCAGCUGGGGGUAAAAACUGGAGAAGACGACUUGAACGUGGUCUGAGAAGGGACAGUCAGGGAAGUUUUGGGAGAUGGGUUGGGCUGUAAGUAUUAGCACACUGUCAUAUUUCCUGCUGCCCCUCCCCCUGAGAAAUGUCUCAUUUUCCUUUUGUCUUUUGGGGAAUUCUGACCUAGAAUGGUCUUGGUGGUAUACUUAAGUUUCCCCAGGUUAUAUCAAACUUCAUCUGAAUUCAUUGGCAUUAUCUCCUGUUCUGUAUCACAGUAAAUUCAUUUUGAGGGUAUU